AUGGACCUGGCGCGUCAGCUGUUCAAGGGCGUCCCAUUCGAGUCUACCUUCGCAAACCUGUACGGCUUUGGCAAGAACCCUCUGUCUGUAAAGGGAACCCUGUCAACAGUAGUCCGCUUCAAUGGGCAGGACGCACCUGCUACAUUCUACUUGGUGGAGACGCCCAACCAAGAGGCCAUCAUGGGCCUGGAUUUGCUCAAUGCCCUCAGCAUCACCCUCCACCCAGCUUCCCACAGAAUUUACAGCGUGGAGACGGAAGCGCAGCACCUGCCUGCAAUCGAGGGGUAUGAGCACCGGAUAGUGCUUAAACCCGGUGCCGUGCCAACAGCCUACCGGCUCCGCCGACUUCCCCUCUCAGUCCGCAAGGAAGUGUCGGCCGAGCUGCAACGUCUUCUGCAAGCCGGCGUCAUCGAAAAGGUCGACGCCUCUGAGUGGGUAAGCCCCCUUGCCGUGUCCCGGCGUAAAGACGGUCGGAUACGCAUCUGUGUCGACCUCCGUGGGCCAAACGCACAGAUCGUCGCUGAGGUUCACCCUCUGCCCACAAUAGACGAGCUGGAGUCGAAGCUCUGCGGGAGUGUCUACAGCCGCAUAGACCUCAAGACAGCAUACCACCAGCUCCGUCUCCACAAGGACUCGCGCAACGUCACGGCCUUCCUGACGCCUGACGGCCUCAUGAGGUACACAAGAGUCCCAUUCGGCCUGGUCUCCAGCGGCAGCGCCUUCCAGAAACUGCUCAGCAGCCUGCUAGAGGGUAUCCCUGGCUGUGGACACUACCUGGACGACAUUCUCGUGUCCGGGAAAGACCAUCAGGAACACGACGCCCGCCUCCGAGAGGUCCUGGACCGCCUCGCCCGGUCCAACGUCACCAUAAACCAGGCCAAAUCCGUCUUUAGGCAGACCACCAUCGAGUUCUGCGGCCAUAAGCUGUCCAGCGCCGGGGUCGUCCCCCUAACGUCAACCGUCCGCGCCGUGGUUGAGGCGCCGCCUCCCACCAACGUCAGGGAGCUACGCAGCUUCCUGGGGACCACCGGAUGGUUCAGCCGUUUCGUGCCGGCGUACGCCACGGUCGUCCGACCGAUGGCCGACCUCCUCAAGAAGGGCACGACCUUCCAGUGGACCCAGGAACAACAGCUGGCCUUCAGCAAGGUGAAACAGCUGAUCUCGACCAGCCCCGUCAUGCGGCCGUUCGACCCGCACCUGCCGACGGUCGUCACUUCGGACGCGAGUGACCGCGGCGCCGGCGCUGUCCUCACGCAGACCCAGUACAGCGGUGAGGAGCGCCCAUUCGCAUACUGGUCCCGGUCAUUCACGGAGGCCGAGUCCAGGUACUCCGUCUCAGAAAAAGAAGCCCUCAGCGCCGUGAACGCGAUCGAGCACUGGCGGAUCUACCUCUGGGGACGUUUCUUCAAGCUCAAAACCGAUCACUCGGCACUCACGACCCUGCUCUCGCCGAAGUCGUCCAACCGAGCAGGAGCACGGAUCGCCAGGUGGCAGUCACGCCUACUGCCCUACUCGUACUCCGUCGAGUACAAACCGGGACCCACCAUCCCUGUCGCAGACGCGCUGUCCCGGCUCCCCCUGCCGGACACGGCCGGCGCCGAGCCCGAUGGCGAUGACAUCAUCGCCCUCGUCACGGACGCCGCCGCAGACGUGCUUCCCGACGCCGAGAUCCAGGCAGCAUCGGAAGCCGAUCCAUCACUGAAGGAAGUACGUGAAGCCAUCCGUACCGGCUGGCCGGAAUCGGCGCGCAAGUGCUCGGCGACGCUUCGCCAGUUCUUCGGCGUCCGUCAUGAACUCCAGCUGCGCGAUGACGACAUUAUCCUGCGAGGUCCCGACCGUGUCGUCGUACCAGUCGCCCUGACCGACAAGUACUUACAGGUGGCCCACCAAUCGCACGAGGGAAUCGUGCGCACGAAACAACUGCUUAGGAAUCUCGCGUGGUGGCCCGGUAUGACGCGAGCCAUCACCGACCUCAUCCGCGACUGCCAGACCUGCCGGACCAAGGAGGCCGUCCUCUCCCAGAGGGCGCGCCCUGCCCCGCUGCAGCCGGUCCCUCUUCCGGACCGAGCCUGGUCCAAGCUCGGCAUCGACGUCGUUGGACCGAUCGCAGGUGCGCCACCGUCAGCCCGCUACGCCAUCACCGUGAUCGACUACGCCAGCAAGUGGCCGCGGGUCGCCCUGACGCCGUCCGUCGAGACAGAUGACGUCAUCAGUCUUCUCAGCACCAUGUGGUCCCGUGAGGGAUACUGUGACGAAGUCGUGAGCGACAACGGGUCCCAGUUCACGAGUGCCAAGUUCGAGACGUACCUGAGCGGCCGCGGCAUCCGUCACCGGAAAUCGUCCCUCUACUGGCCCCGCGGGAAUGCAGCCAUCGAACGGUUUAACCGCACGCUAAAGACGUGGCUGCUGGAGGCCACCCAGCAACCGUCGCGGACGGCGCAGGCCUUCGCCGCGCACAUUGAGCGCCGCCUGGCGCUGUACCGCGCAGCCCUACGCUGCACCACCGGCAUCUCGCCCUCUGAGAGUCUGCACGGCCGCCGCAUGCGCCUUGACCUGCCGGUGAUGUCGGCCAACGCGACAGACGCUGAUAUGCGCACGCGCGUCCAGAAACAACAGCGACGCAACGCGCGCAACUACAACAGGCGCCGCGGCGUGAAGACACCGACCAUCCUACCAGGAGACAUGGUCCGACCGCGAAAGCUGGGCAGCUAG